AUGUUUGGUAUUUCGUACGGAGAGCUCUUCCUCUUGAUCAGAGCCACAGCUGCUCUAGUCGGACCAAAGGAUUUGCCUAGAAUUGCUAGCAGGGAGGUUAGUGGGUCGGUCAAUCGGGUUCAUAAAGAACUUCAAGAUGCAUUUGCACAACUAGAGUCGAUUCCUUAUGAAGUCCGGAGUAUAUCACUUAUGAAUCCUGGUCCUAUGGCUCGAAGGCUGAUGGAUAAUCCUCAAGACCCAGCUUCUCUGAUUGAUGGUAGUAUUCUUAGUAGCCAUACAUUGCUGGCAAGGGCCAACAGUUCACUUGAGAAGCCUAAGGAGGAGCUGAAGUCAAGAAAUACUGUGGUGAAGGAUGAUACUUUCAGAACCUCAGACUCACCUAAUUUGCAUAGUCAAGCAAUUGCGUAUGCAAAGUUGGCUGAAUCUGAUGCUGUAAAGACUGGCUCUUUAAAGAGCAGUGCAGAGCAAGAAAACCUUAAAGAUGAAAGUGGUCUUUUCAUUGUCCUCCCAGUUUCAGCUGAAAGCACUGGGAUGCUACCAAAUCGCAAAGGUUAUAAUCUUCUGAGUUAUGACACUUAA